CAUUCUAAUUCUAAACAAUGGAAUAAAUAUAUUAGCUCACCACAAGUUUUAUUCUAUACCAACUGUGUUACAAUUUCUCUCUUCUUGUAAUUUAAUUGUUUCCAACCAAAUUAAUUAGAAUUACCUUUUCUUUCCCUUUGCGAUCGUUUAAAUAAACGAUGUUUGUGUCAACGACUUGAAAGAGAAAAGUGAGAAUUUGUUUUCUCUUCCAUCUUUUUUUUUCUUCUCUUCUUCUUGUUUUUCAUAUGUUCUAUUCUUCUAGACAGAACAGUUCAAUCAGUCACCAUGUCUUCUGCUUCCGGUGAACCUGAAUAUCACCAAUUAAAAUGUGGUUCAUCAUCUUCUUCAUCAUCGUCAUUUGUGUUACCUUGUGUUGUUCAAUUUUCGUCACCUUCUUCGCCAUCUUGUGAUUUAAGCAACAACAAUAACAACACAAGCAACGAUUUCAACAGGUUAACUAAUUUUUCUUGUCAAAUGGUUGAUUUUUGUGAUGUAAAUAACCAUUUACUUGAUAACUUUGAUCAACAGGUUACAUCUCAUCAAGAGUAUUAUCAUCAUCUUCAUCCACAGCAACAUUUAAAAUCUUGUCUGUUAAACAGUCAAAAUGAUGGACACUUUUACCAUUACCUUCACCCUAUUGACCAGUAUCAUCAUCCACAGCAACAACCAUCACAUCAUCAACAACUGUUUCUUCAUGAGAAUAAUCAGAAAUUUUUUCUUGAUUCUAAUAAUUGUGAUCAAGAUGAACUUGUUGCUAAUCAGUCUACUGAUUGUUUAUCUUUUAUCGAAAAUAAAUCAUCGGUAACUUGUUCCUUUUACUAUCCUAUCCCCGGAUCAGAAUCUACCUGGAUACAUGUUGAGCAACCUUCUUCUUGUCCAUCACAGCCAAUAGUAACUCCAGAAUUUAAAGAAGAGCCCGUUGAUUGGUUACCCGUUACUCCACUUACAUCCAACAAUUUAGAGAUCACCACUAAAGAAGAUUUCAACUAUAAUCUUCGAGAAGUUCGUAUAACAAAUGAAAGUUACUCUGUUGAUUAUCACAAUUCUGAUAAUUUAAGUAAAUCAUCUUCGGCAGAAAUUCCGUCCUCUUCCGAUCAAACAAGUGACCUUUCUACCAGCAGUAACGCUCGUCAAGAUGAUUCGCCUCAGCAAUUUGACAGUUACAAUAGUAAAAAUUCACUUCAACAUUACAAUUCCACAGGCGUUACAAGUGCUCUUUCUUGUCAAUCUAAUCGUCGUUUCAAUUUCUUAAGUCGAUCUUUUCGCUACCAAAAUUCAAUCGGACGAAUUCGAGGUGGAAAUUUAUUAUCCAAAGAGGAACAACGAGUCAAUGCUUGUAAAAGAGAAAGAAUCAGGAUGAAGGCGAUGAAUUUAGCAUUCGACGCUCUUCGAGCUAAAUUACCUUUCAACAAACCACGAGGACGAAAAUUCUCAAAAAUCGAAGCUCUCAGAUCUGCAAUCACCUACAUUUCUUAUUUAAAUGGACAAUUAGCUCAUGUUAAUUGUGAUGCUGAUCCAUCGGAUCAACGAAUCAUGUCAGCUAAUCUUGGAAUCUACGAGUGGAUCAAAUUUUUCAUAUUUCUCUAUCUAAAAGUUACAAACAAUUAAAGUUAAUUAUAUUAAACAAAUUCAUGUAAAACUUCAAUCUAAUCUCAUAUUGAUUGAGUGUUUAUUGAAUCAAUCAUAAUAAUACAUAUGAUGGAUAAUCAAGUGACAACUUAAUUUCAAUUACAUUGAAUGAAUUACAUUUUUAAGUAUUUGAUUGUUUGGUUACAAUAAUGAUACAGACAAAAAAAUUUACAAUGAGAUUGCAAAGAAUAAAGAUGAGAAGAGAAAUUAAUUAAUUACGAACAAUUAAUUGAUUUUUCUGGAAAAAAGGAAAAGUUAAUUAACCAGUUGUGUUGAUGUGUUGACAAUAAUUUUGUGUGAAUGUUGAAUAAUCAAAUGCACUUAAUUGCAAAAUCUUUUAGUAUACACAAUUAUUUUGUAGAUUAACAAAGUGAGGGAAAUAUUGAUUAUCAAGAAAAGUGAAUUAAAUUAUUUUAGAUAAUCAGU